AUGGACACACUACCAGAUGCCUUCCCCUCUUCUACACAGGUCAAAUUCGCUGCCCCGUUUCCGUCAGGAGCUGCUGGCGCUUCCUCUCAAGGUCUACCGGGAGUGAUUGAAAAUCCGGAGCCUAUUGCUCGAAUCAAAGUUCAUGAUCCUCCCAAAUUCGACCUUGAAUCUUACAUUGCAAACUACGUCGGCCGGACCCGAUUCAAUCGCCUUUACCUUAUUGGAACCUCGUCCACAGUCCUCUCGACCGAAGCGCUGAAGCUUGCAGUGGCCGAAGCCAAGUCUGGGAAGGAUGUCUCGCAAUACGAAAAGGCAGUUCGUGCGCUGUCGGAAGUAGCACCGACCGAGGAGGAUGCUUCUCUCGACACGGCGUGGGUUCAUAAUGUCCAACGGCAGGUUCAAGCUCAAUCCGAAAGGUUGGAGCAGGAACUUCGGGGGUACAAGAAUAACUUGAUUAAGGAGAGCAUUCGGAUGGGCAACGAGGAUAUCGGAAACCAUUACUACGAGACCGGCGAUCUACUCGCUGCUUCGAAAGCAUACACCCGCAUGCGAGACUAUUGCACAACCCCGAACCACAUUGCCUCUAUGCUCUUCAAGCUUCUAAAUGUCUCCAUUGAACGUGGAGAUUGGCUUGCCGUCCAGUCCAAUGUGCACCGGCUGCGCAACGCUCAGUCCAAGCCCGAGGACCAGCUUAAGAAUCAGCCCAAGAUGGCCGCUGCUCUGGGUCUCGCGCAGAUGCACUCCGGUUCAUACCUCGACGCUGCCAACACCUUCCUGUCAACCGAUGUCAGCCUGGCUGACACCUUCAACGAGAUUAUCACGCCCAACGAUGUCGCCGUCUACGGAGGUCUGUGUGCGAUGGCAUCCAUGGACCGCGGGGAUCUACAGCGUCGUGUUCUAGAGAACAGCGCGUUCCGCAACUUCCUCGAACUCGAACCACAUAUCCGACGUGCGAUUGCAUUCUUCUGCAAUUCCAAGUUCCGCCCCUGCCUGGACAUCUUGGAAGCUUAUCGCACCGAUUACCUUCUCGAUAUUCACCUUCAACGUCACAUCUCCGAAAUCUACACCCUGAUCCGCACGAAAGCGAUCAAACAAUACCUAGUUCCUUUCAGCCGCGUCACUUUGACUUCCAUGGCCACAAUCUUUGCUCCCCAAGUGAUCGGCGGCGAAGCACAGCCUACUGGCGUGUCAUCCCCAUUCGUCCAGGAACUCAUUCAAAUGGUGAAGAAGGGCGUGCUGGAUGCUCGGAUUGACCUGGAGAAGGGAGUUCUGGUCUCGAACCAGACCGAUCUGAGGACGGAAGUCCAGAACAAGACCUUGGAGAGCCUGCGCUCUUUUAAUGAGGAGGCGCAUUUGCGUAUUCUCCGUGCCAGCGUACUUCAUGCCGGGCUGGAAGUGCGAGCUCCCGAGUCUGAGCGGCGGUCGCGAGGGAAUCCAGGGCCCAAUCUGAGAGGAAUGGGCAUGGCGGAGAGAUUUACUCGGGGUGGACUGCGCAGUUAA